GCGCACUUCCGGUGCCCUUUCUCCUGCCAGCACCUGGGCCGUAGACCCUCGUGUGAAGGGUGCUGUUUCUAAACUGGAGUGGGGUACAGGCGGGCCGGCACCCCCUCCUGACCUUUGGUGCCGCUGGCCUCAGGAUCGGAUAUGGCCCAGAACUUGAAGGAUUUAGCGGGACGCCUGCCCUCCGGGCCCCGGGGCAUGGGCACAGCGUUGAAGCUGCUGCUGGGUGCCGGCGCCGUGGCCUACGGGGUCCGCGAGUCCGUGUUUACCGUGGAAGGCGGACACAGAGCCAUCUUCUUUAAUCGGAUCGGUGGCGUGCAGCAGGACACCAUUCUCGCCGAGGGCCUUCAUUUCAGGAUUCCCUGGUUCCAGUAUCCCAUCAUCUAUGACAUUCGGGCCAGGCCACGAAAAAUUUCCUCCCCAACAGGCUCCAAAGACCUGCAGAUGGUGAACAUUUCCCUGCGAGUGCUGUCUCGACCCAAUGCCCUGGAGCUUCCCAGCAUGUACCAGCGCCUAGGACUAGACUACGAGGAGCGAGUGUUGCCAUCCAUUGUCAACGAGGUUCUCAAGAGUGUGGUGGCCAAGUUCAACGCCUCCCAGCUGAUCACCCAACGAGCCCAGGUAUCCCUGUUGAUCCGAAGGGAGCUGACAGAGAGGGCCAAGGACUUCAGCCUUAUCCUGGAUGAUGUAGCCAUCACGGAGCUAAGCUUUAGCCGAGAGUACACGGCUGCUGUAGAAGCCAAACAAGUGGCACAACAGGAGGCCCAGCGGGCCCAGUUCUUGGUGGAAAAAGCAAAGCAAGAGCAGCGGCAGAAGAUUGUGCAAGCAGAGGGUGAGGCUGAGGCUGCCAGGAUGCUUGGAGAAGCACUAAGCAAGAACCCAGGCUACAUCAAGCUGCGAAAGAUCCGGGCGGCCCAGAACAUCUCCAAGACGAUCGCCACAUCACAGAAUCGUAUCUAUCUCACUGCUGACAACCUUGUGCUGAACCUACAGGAUGAAAGUUUCACCCGGUGAGAGAAGUGACCUACACAGCGGGGUGUCGCAAAGAACAUGGGAUCUGCAUCGGUCACUUGGGCUCUGUUUCUAGCUUACUCAUAGGACCUUUGAAAGACACCAUCUCUCUGAACCAAAAGAUAAAAUAGUAUAGGAGACUUGAAUCUCACGAUCUAAUGAGAAGGAGAUUAUUCAAGUGAAAAGCACUGUAAUUGUAAAGUUUUGUCUUAACUGAAAAGCAGUGAAAGGUGCUAUUCAGGUCUCACCCGGGGACCCUAACAUUGCUGCUCUGAGGCGCGGAAGGGGGCUAGGAAAGGAGAGGGGAGAAGUGGCCGUGACCGAGAGAACCAGCUCUUCCUUUCCAGAGCCUGAGAUGCCUGGCUUCCACCCCAAUUGUCUUUUUUCCCUUGGGAGCAAGGCAGGGUUUUAGACCUGGGUGGGGACUGAACUGUAAAUCACCUCUGCGUCUUCUUCUUUCUAUGUUUCCUGUCCACCUGGUGACCUGGUGUCCACAGGGGAAGGUAAGUUGUCGGUGUACCUUUUUUUCUGGGGGGUCUUGCAGUUCAUCUCAGGACCUCCCUUCUCCCCCACCAGCUAACCUUUCUGACCUCCCCAUACACUCUUAGGAGGGAGGGAGGGAGGGUGAUGGAGAACGGGGUGGCCAAGAGGCUGUUUCUCUCACAUUUAUAUCCCCUAAUGUCACCCGUCUCCUUUAUCUUUCUGCAGUGACAGCCUCAUCAAGGCCAAGAAGUGAGCCUAACUACCAAGAUCUCCACCCCCAGAGAAGAAAUGGGACUGUUUCUGCCCUGGUAUUGGAGGAAUCCUCUUGGGGAUCCAGCAAACCCCACCCCGCCCCCAGUAUCAUGUGACGCUCCCCUCUGCAUCGUCUUCCUAGCCCUUCUCAGAUGAAUGAAGACUGACCCAUUUUCAGGGGAAUGACUUUCCUCCUCCUGUACCAGCCAGGGUUGUUGGGACAGUGUGUGAUUUCUUAGUGAUUUCCUACAGUGUUGGCUCCUCUCUCAAGGUUGGGAGGCAAUGAACACCAGCCCAGGAAUUCUCAAUAAAUUUUUAUUACUUAAGCAGAA